AUGCCCAUGGGAGAUGCUGGGCCCGUGUUUGGUGUUGAUGCCGGGCUUCAUAAAUCCCCGACUGGUGGGAUGCCUGAAGAUUUUAUGGUCUAUCUUUUUGAUACAGCGCCGAAUCAUCACGGUGCUAAAGACGGCAUGUUGCCGCAAGCAUCAAUGAACUACGGGGAUCUCAAUAAUGGCCAGUACCCCAACAACAACACCUAUCUUGCAAGUCGAUCAGGCCCGAUUCAGCAAAUAGGACCCCAGCAGAUCAUGUCGGUCUACAAUCUGCUAGAGCCAAAUAUGCCGGAAGCUAGCAUGUCCGACGCCAGGAGCCAAGAACUGUACGACUACAUCAAAGAUCGGUUCCAUGGCAAUGACAGUGACGAACAGCGCAAUACGAGGGAGUCCAUAAUUUCUGGAGACAGAAGCAGAAGUGAUCAUAUGCUGAGCAAGCGGAUGAUGCAGGCCUAUAUCGGAUCUUUUUGGAAGCACUUCAACGCGCAGAUGCCGAUUUUGCACAAGCCUACCUUUGUCGCCGACAAAACACCAACAAUACUUCUCUUGGCAAUCAUGGCCACAGGAGCUGCCUGCCUAGACAAGAAGCGCGGCACUGAAGUGACCAUGGCGGGUGUACGCCUGUCAAACUUUUUGGUCACACAUCUGCGAUGGGAGGUAUUCAUGGAUCCUGGUUUCCGCCCGCCGGCGAAACUAUGGGUUUUUCAAACGCUCAUCUUCUUAGAACUGUAUGAGAAGAUGUGCUCGACGAGAGAAUUACAUGAAAGAGCGCAUAUACACCACGCCACCACGAUUACCCUCAUGCGGCGGGGUCGAAGCUUGAUAGGAAAAUCGUCGUCUGAAUCACCGACACAGGCGGGCGCCGCCACACCGGCCAAGACAGCAGACGAGCAGUGGGAGCAUUGGAUAAUCAACGAGUCGACAAGACGAGUUGCCAGUGCGGCUUUCAUGAUUGAUUCCCUCCAUGCCACCAUGUUUGGCCACUCGGUUGUCAUGGCUGCCCAUGAAAUGCGGUUGCCGCUGCCGUGCAACGAAUCGUUGUGGACAGCCACGAGCAGCGCCGAGUUCAGCAGGAUUGAAAACAAACUCAUGUCUCAAGGCGUGAUGCCAGUUUCCUUCCUGGAAGGGCUAAAGAAAACGCUCAACAAGCAGCCUGUGUACACAACGUACUUUGUACGAGCUGUACUCAUGGCAGGGCUGCUCAACGUUACAUAUCACUUAAACCAACGCGACCUGCAAGCCAACGUACUUGGAAGCGGCAUGUCUCAGACCCUUGGCGGGCGAGACAAGUGGCGGUCUGCGUUGACGCGAGCGUAUGACUAUUGGAAGUCAGAUUUCGAUGAUUCUCUGAGGGAAAAGCAGCCCCAACGAGAUCCAUACGACACUGAUGAGAUAGACACUGACACUUACACGUUAUUCGAGAGUCGCACGGUGCUACAUCACCUUGCGCACAUGGCCAUGCACGCCGACAUUGUAGAUUGUCAAAUCUAUGCCGGGGCUAAGCGACUUUUAGGCCGGCCCGUGGGCGCAAAUGAGUUAUUGGCGGCACAGCGGCGCAUAAAGGAGGACUGGGCACCGUCGGCAAAAGCACGCGAUGCCACAUUUUACGCGCUCAAGCUCCUUCGGUUUGUGCUUGCACCGGAUCAGAUCGAGCUCAAGGAAGACACGCCUGUGCGGCCCCAUGUAGGCCAGCCGUACGAGGUGCGCAACGACAUUCUAAUGAACCGGCCAUGGGUGAUUUACUUUGCGGUUCUGAUACUGUGGUGCUAUGGAUAUGCGCUAGAAGGGCCAAGUCGAAGCCGCGCGGAAUCGACGACGACGCACCGGGACAGGUGGGGGCAAAUGCGUGGCUACCUGUCAGUGUACGCCGGGCUGGACGAGCCGAGCGAGCUCCAGGACAUGCGGGGCUUCAACGGCAACCUAUCGCUGCUGAUGGUGCUGCGAGACACGCUGGGACAGUCGCGGUGGGAGCUGUUGCACGAGGCAGGCAGGCUGCUGCAGAACUGCAUCAUGCUGAGCCAAGGGGGGCCGACGGCAUGA